ACAGCUCAACACGACACUCUCUUUCCAAACCAUGAAAAAACAUCAACUUCCAAAACCCUCCUUUUAAUUACUCCUCUUGCCUUUCCCUUCACCUAAAACCUUAUAAACAGAAAAGUGACAGAAAGUGAAACACAAGAGACAAAAUGAUAACUGUCAGCUCUUUAAACACCGCAUCAUCAACAACAACCACCACGCCAAUAUUCCCACUACCGGCGACGGCACAACGGUCGCCGUGGCACUCUCCCAGGCUGUACCUCUUCGGCGGCCUGGCCGCAAUGCUGUGCCUGAUCGCGUUAGCACUCUUGAUCCUCUUCUGCUCCUUCCGAAUCCGAAGGCUCUCCCGCUGGUAUGAAAACGGCGAGAGCGAUCUCGAGGCCGGCGACGACAAGAAAAAGCCCAAUUCCGUCAAGGCCUUGCCAGAAUUCGAAGAGAAGUAUUUGGUGAUAAUGGCAGGUGAUGUGAACCCGACGUUUUUAGCCACUCCCGUGUGCAGCAAGGCUUGUUCGUUUGAGCAGGAUGCCAAAGUGAAGAGAGAGGAAAUGGAGAGAGAGAGAAAGUUGAUUUACAGUAUUAGAUAACGAGAAGCCAAAAAAAGAUAUGGUUCAUGAUGAUCGGAUGGCCACAACAACAGAAGAAGAGUGUACAGAGUCUGAAUCUGAAAAUCGGACCCAAGAAAACCCAGAUAAUAGCAUGGAGCAAAACCACUGAACGGCAGUUUUUGCAUCAAUUUUGAGAGAGAGAGAGUUUUCUCUGUUUUUUGUUCCUUAAUUGUAAGUCUUUUGUUGGGUGCGUAGUUGGGUUUUGCUUCUUAUGAUCGGGGAAAUGUGAAUUUUUUGAGAUGAAAUAUGAGAAGAACAAUUUUGCCUUAAAUUACUAACGAAAUCCAACAUCUGAUACAUUCAUACACCUCUUCUUCU